UGGACUCGGGAUAAAGCGAUUGAGGUGGCGGCUGUGGGGAAGUUUUGGCGAGUAGGAGGGAGGGGGACAAAUGAGCCAAAAUGACCGACACAGACGUGCAAGGCGCUCCUCUGUCAGCCCCGGAGACCGGACCAGCUCAGCCAGAGCGAAAAGUGAUUGCUACUUUGGUGCAAGGAACUGUGAAAUGGUUCAAUGUGCGCAAUGGCUAUGGCUUUAUCAACAGGAAUGACACCAAAGAGGACGUGUUUGUCCAUCAGACUGCCAUUAAGAAAAACAAUCCUAGAAAGUUUCUCAGGAGUGUAGGGGACGGGGAGAUUGUGGAGUUUGACGUCGUUGAGGCAGCCAAGGGCUCAGAAGCUGCUAAUGUAACCGGUCCUGGUGGGGUUCCAGUUAAAGGCAGCCGCUAUGCUCCAAACAAGCGGAGAUUCCGCAGGCGCUUCUUUCCCCGUCCUGCACGAUCAGCACAGGAUGAUGGGAAAACGGGCGAUUCCUCUGCUGGUCCCACUUCUGAGGGGGAGGGACAAAACGGCGGUCCACAACCUGCGCAGCGACGCCGCCGUCAGCGUAGGAGACCAGACGCUCAGCCCCAAACUGAGGGAGAAUCAGCAGGUGAACAGAAGGUAGCAGACGGUGGCCAACAGAGACCGCAACCACGCAAGUUCAGACCCCGAUAUCGGAGGCCAUUCCGUCCUCGUCCACCUCCUGGAGAAGUUCAGUCGGCCACUCCUGCCGAGAGCCAGAGGGAAACCCUCAAAGAGGGUCAGAGUAAUGGAGAGCAAGCUGAUACCCAAGCUCAAAAGUCACGCCGACAAUUUAGCCGUCGUCGACAAAGGAAUUCUGACUCUACAACCUCCAAAGAUGGUGCGGACAAACCCGACAAAGCAGAGCCUGCCUCGCCUACUACGCCUUCUAAACCAGUUGAUGUCAAAGCCUCACCAAAAUCUUCACCGAAACAGUCCCAGAAAGCUUCCCCAAAAGCAGCAGAGGCUCCUGAUGCCACGCCUGUGGUGUGACUUCCAUGAACUGGAAGAAAUCUAGCGACCCGGGCAAGAGGUCUCUGGAAGAGCUGGGAUGGUGUUUCAGCAAACCUACAACUGAUGUGCAUACUACCCUUCCCUCCUCCAUACCUUUUGCCUGAACUCUUUAGUAUGAACUCUUCAUUUGAUGAGCAAGAGGAAAGAGGAGUUACUAGUAUAUUUUGGACUUUAAUAUCUUUAGGGGGAUAAAAAAUAGACUUGCUCAGAAAGCCCAAUAUAUUUGCAUUGUCUCCCUUUUAAUUCAGUGAUUAUGGGUGUGAGCAGCUGAAAUGAGAACCAGUUUGGCCCUUUAAGUUUUAGGAAAAACAAUGAACAUGGUGAGGGGUGGUGUAUACAGAGUAUGCCUCCUUUUUUUUCCCCCCCCUUACCAUUUGCUAAAUGUUGGGGGAAAUGCAAUAAGGCUAUUCAUAAAAAGAUACAAACUGGUUUUUUUUCUUUACUUUUUUUUUUUUUUUUUUGAUUUCAUUGGAAGGGAUUAUGUGCAAUGUCAUUAAAGUGAAAUAUCUAUAAAACGUGCAGAAUAAUCUAGUCCUCUAAUUUCAUUGUGUCAA